AUGGCCACCUCUCCUCUAAAGACACCAGAGUUCUCAAUGGCCGCUCCCGACCACCCACGAUUCGCAGGCCAAAAGCCAAUAGAUGCAGAGGAAGUAUCAGAGCUCCUCUUCUCAAAGCGAGGUUGUUCCAUUUGGUUCUGCUGCUUCAGAUCAGAGGACUCAAGCUCGAGCCCGGUCUUCAAGGGUGAAUGUUGGGAGAGGAUGAAAGCAGCCGCCUCCGAACCAGAGAACGAGAACAAAUGGUGGAUGAAAGGGUGGAACGCUCUCAAAAAAGUGAGAGAAUGGUCUGAAUUGGUUGCAGGCCCCAGGUGGAAAACCUUCAUUCGAAGAUUCAAUAGAAGUGGAAAGGGAAGAGCUGGAAAGUUUCAGUAUGAUCCUCUGAGUUAUGCCCUAAAUUUUGACGAAGGCCAUAGCCAAGAACUUGACCACCAAAAUUACAGUGAUUUCUCGACCAGGUUUGUCGCCCCGUCAGGGAGAAGCCGAGAUUUUGGCAAAGAUGCGCCCCUUUUUCGCCAAACAAUUGAUACACAACAGUGA